AUGGAAGGAACCGGCGUCGUCGCGGUGUACGGAAAUGGUGCGAUCACGGAGGCGAAGAAAUCUCCCUUCUCCGUGAAGGUCGGUUUGGCUCAGAUGCUCCGCGGUGGAGUCAUCAUGGAUGUCGUCAACGCCGAGCAAGCUCGCAUCGCCGAGGAAGCUGGUGCUUGCGCCGUCAUGGCUCUGGAGCGUGUUCCGGCGGAUAUCCGCGCUCAGGGAGGCGUUGCUCGGAUGAGCGAUCCUCAGAUGAUUAAGGAGAUCAAGCAGGCCGUUACGAUUCCGGUGAUGGCAAAGGCUAGGAUUGGUCAUUUCGUGGAGGCGCAAAUCCUCGAAGCCAUCGGAGUCGAUUACAUCGACGAGAGCGAGGUUUUGACUCUCGCCGACGAAGACCACCACAUCAACAAGCACAAUUUCCGGAUCCCUUUCGUUUGCGGUUGCCGGAAUCUCGGCGAAGCUCUGAGGAGGAUCCGCGAAGGUGCGGCGAUGAUUAGGACCAAAGGUGAAGCUGGAACGGGGAACAUUGUGGAGGCGGUGAGGCAUGUGAGGUCGGUGAUGGGUGACAUUAGGGUUUUGAGGGACAUGGAUGAGGACGAGGUGUUCACUUUCGCUAAGAAAUUAGCAGCUCCGUACGAUCUCGUGAUGCAGACCAAACAGCUUGGGCGUCUUCCGGUGGUCCAAUUCGCCGCCGGUGGAGUGGCUACGCCGGCUGAUGCAGCUCUCAUGAUGCAGCUCGGAUGCGACGGUGUGUUCGUCGGUUCAGGUAUCUUCAAGAGCGGGGACCCAGCUCGUCGCGCUCGAGCCAUUGUUCAGGCUGUGACUCAUUACAGUGACCCAGAGAUGCUUGCGGAUGUGAGCUGUGGGCUUGGGGAAGCCAUGGUUGGCAUCAAUCUCAACGAUGACAAGGUCGAGAGGUUUGCUGCUCGCUCCGAGUGA